GCGCACCGACGAAAUAAGAGCCGGAAUCAUGAGGAAAUAUCAGAUUUACGUGAUUUGUUUUGUUGUUUUGGCUUUUGCCGCUGCCACAGCUACAAGAGUUUGCAGCAACAGAAAUAUCUUGUGCUCUGUGGUUAGAUCAACUAGUUGUUCAAAGAAAAUCGUUUCCAGUCAUUGCCCAAGGCUUUGCAACACAUGUGGAGCAAAAUGUCGAAACAUAAAGGCGUCAAUGCGCGUUGAUUGUGGCUACCAUGGAAUUAGUCCGUUGGAUUGCUUGAGAAAGGGAUGUUGUUAUGGCGAAUUAAAGGUGGCUGGCCCGUGGUGUUAUCAUCGAAAAGCAAACUGUCCCAUGAUUGAAGCAAACAAACGUGACGAUUGUGGUUACCCUGGGAUAAGCAAAUCAGAUUGCGUCAAAAAAGGAUGCUGUUACAACGCGAUCAAGGAAAAGGGACCGUGGUGUUAUUACAGGCAAGAAAAAUGCCGGAAAAUAGCAGCAACAAGACGUCAUGAUUGUGGUUAUCCAGGCAUAACGAAGCGGGCAUGCGAGAAGAAAGGCUGUUGUUAUAGUGAAUUGCUAAACCAAAGUGGACCGUGGUGCUACCACCGCCUAGAAAAAUGUCUGCGCAAAGCAACAGAACGUGACGACUGCGGCUAUCCUGGUAUAACAGAAUUCGAAUGCAUGAAAAGAGGUUGCUGCUAUAAUUCAUUGCCCGGUCGUGGGCCAUGGUGUUAUUACCGAUGAGAUACGAGGACCUUCGGAAGAUUAUAUGCGAACUUUAGUGUACUCAUUGUUGUAAAAAUAUGUUGUCAAAUAAAUACCUCUAAUAUAUGAACUUUU